AUGGAGCUUUCAACUGGGAUUCUUAUGCGGACAGUCAAUUUGGUCAUUCUCAUGCUCAAGAGAUGGUUAUGGACAUAUCUUUUGAGGAAGGCUGUGCGAGGUACACAGAAAAACAUCUUCGUGAAUGUGGUGGAAGAUUGUCCUCGAUGCAAAGGCACUCAAGUGGAGCCGGGUUAUAAGAAGGUUUCAUGCCCGUAUUGCAAUGGGACGGGAAUGAUAACUCAACGACUACAAGGAGGCUUCUUCUACCAAGCUUCUUGUAAUCGUUGUGGAGGUUCUGGUCACUACAACAAGGAUGGGGCUUUCAACUGGGAUUCUUAUGCGGACAGUCAAUUUGGUCAUUCUCAUGCUCAAGAGAUGGUCAUGGACAUAUCUUUUGAGGAAGCUGUGCGAGGUACCCAGAAAAACAUCUUCGUGAAUGUAGUGGAAGAUUGUCCUCGAUGUAAAGGCACUCAAGUGGAGCCGGGAUAUAAGAAGGUUUCAUGUCCGUAUUGCAAUGGGACGGGAAUGAUAACUCAACGGCUACAAGGAGGCUUCUUCUACCAAGCUUCUUGUAAUCGUUGUGGUGGUUCUGGUCAUUACAACAAGAACCCUUGCCAAGAGUGUGAAGGUCAUGGACAAAGUGUUCAGCGAAGGCAGGUUUCGUUUAGCGUCCCAGCUGGUACCAAUGACAAAGAUCGUGUGCGGUUCCAAGUUGGAAAG